UGCCGGAUAACUUUAAUGCUGCAGUUCAACCAAUUACUGGGAUCUAUUUAUACAUCGUUCGUUGAAGAAGACCUUAGGAACCACAGUGUCUUCCCUUUUCAGGAAUACAGUAAUGUGUGUGAAAGUUUAACUUUUCAGUUUAUAUCGUGCUAGCAUAAAGGUUACAGUAUUAUCAAAUAGUUUAUUAAGCAGUUUACAUUUAUUUUUGUCAGUCGUACAUUGGGUACAAGGUACAAGAUAUGUGAUGCUAUAGUCUUUGGUUCACGUCAUGUACUGACGUAUUGGGCACCUUGUCUGCUGAGUAGCAGAAAGCGAAGUUGUAGUCAGUUUGUGGGCUGUGUGAAGUGUCGUGUUGAGUUUAAUUGUGAGUGUUCCAGUAACGGUGACAAUGGGUAAGAUACCAGCCGGGCCAGUAGUUGACAUCCUGGGCGAUGAAAUGACGAGGAUCAUUUGGGACCUUAUAAAAGACAAACUCAUUCUCCCUUUCCUAGAUAUUGAACUGCAUACGUACGAUCUUGGUAUUGAAAAUCGUGACAAGACGGACGACCAAGUGACAGUUGACUGUGCUAAUGCAAUUAAAAAAUAUAAUGUAGGUAUUAAGUGUGCAACCAUUACACCGGAUGAAAAGCGGGUAGAAGAAUUCAAGUUAAAGAAAAUGUGGAAAUCCCCUAAUGGAACAAUUCGAAAUAUUCUGGGUGGUACUGUUUUCCGUGAGGCCAUAAUUUGCAAGAACAUUCCGCGCCUUGUUACCGGCUGGGAGAAACCAAUAAUUAUUGGGCGUCAUGCCCAUGCAGAUCAGUAUAAAGCAACAGACUUUGUUGUCCCAGGUCCAGGAAAGCUCGAACUGAAGUGGGUUCCGAGCUCUGGAGAAGGUAACAAUACAAUAACCCAUGUUGUGCAUGAUUUUAAAGGCGCCGGCGUUGCGUUAGGUAUGUUUAACACCGACGAAUCAAUUAUAGCUUUCGCUCAUUCCUCUUUCAAGUAUGCGCUGGAUCGUGGAUACCCUCUGUAUUUAAGUACAAAGAAUACUAUACUGAAGAAAUAUGAUGGACGGUUCAAAGAUAUCUUCCAGGAAAUAUAUGACAAGGAAUACAAAUCAAAAUUUGAAGCCAAAGGUAUUUGGUACGAACAUAGACUUAUUGAUGAUAUGGUUGCAUAUGCAAUGAAAUCAGAAGGUGGCUUUGUUUGGGCUUGCAAGAAUUAUGAUGGUGAUGUGCAGUCAGAUUCUGUAGCACAGGGCUACGGUUCUCUGGGACUAAUGACAUCCGUGCUUGUUUGCCCUGAUGGAAAAACGGUUGAAGCUGAGGCAGCCCACGGUACAGUAACAAGACAUUUCCGUUUCUAUCAACAAGGCAAAGAAACUUCUACCAACCCAAUUGCAUCAAUAUUUGCAUGGACCCGUGGUCUCAUUCAUCGUGCCAAACUAGAUAACAAUGAGGCCUUGAAGAACUUUGCCCAAACCCUUGAAGAGGUUUGUAUAGAAACAAUUGAAUCAGGAUUCAUGACAAAGGAUCUGGCUAUAUGUAUAAAAGGUAUGGCUAAUGUCAAGAGAUCUGAUUAUUUGGAUACAUUUGAAUUCAUGGACAAGCUGGCAGAAAAUCUGAAGAAGAAAGUUGCAUUAUGACUACAUAAUAAACUGUAAAUUCGCAUUUUAUAUCAGUGCAUUGGUUAUAAGUCCAUCAUAUGUAUGUUGAUGUUUUUAUCCCAACAGCAUUUAUUUAAAUGGGGUUAUCUCAGGUGCUUGUGUAGCUGCAUUUUUUAUGUCCUGAAUUUUGUUUAUGUACUAUUGUUUAUUUUGUAUUCAAAGUGGACAUGGCAUUGGUUAUAAGCUUGUCACCUUUUUAAAAAGUCAUUGUGUGUGUGUGUGUAAAGACUGAUUUAGAGAUGAAUAAAUAUUACAGUACAUUCUUGUAUUGUAUAUCCUUUGCA